AUGCGACUCUCCACUCGCGAUGUCAACGCCCAGGGAAGACUGAGCAAGUCGCCCUGCAUCCCUCCCUCUCAAGUGGAUGUGGGCGUAUUGUGCGCGUCGAGAGAGGCGUGGCCGCCACUUUUGCCCAGCUUUAGCAGGGAGGCGGUGGAGGCUAUGAAUCGAUUCGUCCAGGGAUUUAUCUGCAAGCGCAUCGAGUACCGCUGCGGCCAGCUCUCCGCUGCGGAUUACGAGGAGGCGUUUCUACCGCGGUGGGUGCGUAUGGCGGAGCACCGCACCGACCUCAUGGAGGGCUUCUUUGCCCAGCACGGCAGCCGCCUUAGCGAGGAGGCGUUCCACCAGCUCUUUGGCGCCUUCGAGAAGAUGCAGAGUGCCUUGCGUGAUGCGCGGCAGGAGUCUGGCGGUGUCGUGGAGGGUUGUCACGACAAGCGCAUCUCUUUUGCGCGGCCGGUGGCGCAUCGCCUCAUCCGCCGCUCCCGCGAUCGUUUUUCACUCCGCAGCGUCGCUGACGCCGACGAAAGCGCGGACCUUAGCCACUUUUCUCCUUCACCUUGUCCAAUCAGCGCUGCCGACGCGUGGCGAGACUCGCUGCAGCCUGGUAGCUCUUCUCCUGCCCCCGGCGGGCUGGUGCUGAACGUGAGCAGCGUGUCAGAGAUUGCCGACGCGGACGACGUGUGUAAUGUCGUGCUGCCGGUGGAGGAGAGCGCCGAUGGAGACCACUUCACAGGUCGUGCCAGCGGCGUGUACUACGGCGACCUCUUCCGCUCCGCUGGCAGUUCGGCGAGCAGCAUUAGCGACAGCAGCCACGCAGCUGCGACCAUGACCUUCCCCCUUGCGGUGAAGAGGGACAGCUUGGAAGGCGGCGCCGAGUUUGCUGAGGCCCUGCUGCAGGUGUGCCGCGGGCCGGUGCGGCGGGCUACAGCGUGGCGACGGCUGUGGCUUCGCUGCUUUUACCACUGCAUUCUCCCAGCUAUGGUGGUGCUUUUUGUUGCCGCUCACUACUGGGACACAAUGCAGCUGUAUCUGCGGCUAUAG